AUGUCCGACCCAUUACUCUUUGAAGAUACUUUCACGAUCACUGGAAUCAACAACCAGAAAUACGACCGAGUCUCCCGUUUGACCUCCACCUCAUCAGAUUCACUCACCACUUUCACUCUCGAUGUGAACUCCGAGCUAUACCCUUGUACCGCUGGGGAGUCGCUCUCUAUGGCACUCGCCUCGACUCUCUCGCUAGACGGCAAGGAGGACAGCGGCGCAAAGACCGGCUGGAGGGAAGUUGGUAUGGGCGAGCAGACCCUCGCAAAUGAUUAUGAUUAUGUCUGCCACGGCAAGGUCUACCGGUUUGAAGAGGGCUCUACUUCCGGGAACAUGGCGGUUUUCGUUUCCUUCGGCGGUCUGCUGCUUUACCUUGAGGGUCCCUACAAGAAGCUCGCACCUCUGCGUAUAGAUUACGUGUACCUGCUUCUCAAGAAAUAA